GCACGCUGAAACACACAGGACACAGUGGGUUGUAGAUCCUUGCAAAUAUUUAUUUCUCUUUCAGAUCCAUCGAGUAAAGAAAAGCAAAGUCUGUGUUCGACUGAAUAUCAGAUUCUUGUUCUAUUUUGGUCGAAUUCGAGGGCAAAUUGUAGAGUUAGAUGAAGCUGUUGCAGCUGUUUGUGAUUGCUUUGGUCUCUGGACUUGUAGCCAUUCUCAUUUAUAUUACUGGUGUUUCCAAUCUUGAUGGGCCAUCUUAUAUUUCUAGUGAAGAUUUAAAAGCAUUGAAAUCUCUACAGAGUCAUUUCCAGAAGUGUGUGAGUGCAAAUGGAUUGGGUUUACAAGCUGUAAGUGGCAGAGAUAACUGUGAGGUUUCGUUGAAGUUUCCGAGUGACACAGUUCCAAAAUGGAAAGAUCCCAAAACAGGUGAACUUGAAGGCUUGUCUUUUGAUUUUAAUCUUUGUGAAGCAGUAGCCACAUGGGAACAGGUGCGAAAUAGUACCACUAUACUGACUCGGGAGUUCAUUGAUGCUCUGCCAAAUGGAUGGGAAGAAUAUGCGUGGCGCAGGAUCAACAAGGGAGUGCUUCUGAACCAAUGUGAGAAUAGAACUCUGUGCAUGGAGAAACUCUCUCUUGUGCUACCUGACAGACCACCUUAUACACCAAGGCAAUUUGGCCGAUGUGCUGUUAUUGGUAACUCCGGAGAUCUCCUAAAAACCAAGUUUGGCCAAGAAAUAGAUAGUUAUGAUGCAAUUGUCAGAGAGAAUGGAGCACCUAUAGAGAACUUCACAGAAUAUGUGGGUACAAGAAGUACAUUUCGCCUUCUCAACAGAGGCUCUGCUAAAGCUCUUGAUAAAGUUGCCGAGUUGUAUGACAGGGGAAAGGAGGUCUUGAUCGUGAAAACAACAAUUCAUGAUAUCAUGAGCAAGAUGAUACGGGAAAUUCCUAUACUAAAUCCGGUUUAUCUCAUGCUGGGCUCAAGGCGCUUGAAUUUGCUCUCUCCAUUUGUGACACUGUUGAUAUGUAUGGUUUCACUGUUGAUCCUGGUUAUAAAGAAUGGACUAGAUAUUUCUCGGAGUCGCGACAAGGGCAUACUCCUUUGCAGGGUAGGGCGUAUUAUCAAAUGAUGGAAUGUCUUGGGCUUAUCAAAAUCCAUUCUCCAAUGCGGGCAGAUCCAAAUCGAAUUGUGAAGUGGGCUCCAAGCCGCAGCUUAAUUACUGCUGCCCGGAUUGCGUCAGAGAAAUUGUUGAGGAGAGUUGGAGCUGGAUCUUCAGAUCCACUAGCCGCAUGUUCCAUCACUGCUAAGCAACUAAGAGGCAAUUCUGCACUGGAGGUUGGCUCGAGAAAAGCUGCCGUUGAACAUAAAAAGUAUGUUAGAGGCACCACUAUGUAUCCACUGGAGCACAAUCCGGGACACGGUCUACUCUGCAUGGUGCCAUCCAGAUGAAAAUACCUGUUUUAGAGUCCUACACUCUCAGAAGCUUGCAACUUUUUGGUCGGCAUAAACUGGUGUGUUCUUUUUGUAGCAUUAACUAUAAUCCCUUUUUGUUUUUCUCACAGUGGUGAAAUCUUGAAUUGACCCGAAGAUACAUUUUUCCCCAUCAGAGAACGAAUACAGAAAAAUCAACACAAUACCACAGAUACUCUUGAUAUGUAGUUGUUCAUUCAUUGAUAUAUAACUAAAUUAGAUACGACUCAUACGACCAUGUUUUUUUCUGGCUGUCAAACUGUUUCUUGUUUUGCACGUUGGGUUAGCGCCAAUUUAUGCAUUAGAAUAGGGAUUCAAAGCUCAUUUUCCUCUUUCGCACACUCUCAGUACUUGGCAUGAUGUACAGUAAGCUUCUUCAUAAGUUUGACAGUCCUGUUAUGCAAACGGCUGCUUGGAUUUUUUCUCAACUGUUUGGCCGUGUUAUCAUUUAUCAUCAAAGGCAGGUUUGAUUUACUUGCUGCACUUUGACGAUCGUGGAAGUGAAAAAACUGGCAGCUGAGUAAGGGAUUGGAUUUUCUUUUCCAAAUUCUGUACGUACAAAAAUUUCGUUUUGGACACAUAAUGUGUAUAUAUUGAAUGAAACAUAAAAUGUAAAGUAUUGCUAUUUUGUA